UUUAAGAAAGCAGAAGCACCAUCAUUUGCACACUCCUUAUAGAUCACACACCUUAACCCUGACUUUUUUGCUCCAGUUUUGCAAAAGAAGUCAAGAUGAAGAGACACUUACUUUUCUGGGGACUCCUGGCCAUUUUUGUUAAGGCUGUUCUUGUGACAGCCCAAGACGAAGAAGAUGAAAGGAUUGUUCUUGUUGACAACAAAUGUAAGUGUGCCCGGAUUACUUCCAGGAUCAUCCAGUCCGAAGACCCUAAUGAAGAAGACAUUGUGGAAAGAAACAUCCGAAUUAUUGUUCCUCUGAACAGCAGGGAGAAUAUCUCUGAUCCCACCUCACCAUUGAGAACCAAAUUUGAGUACCAUUUGUCUGACCUCUGUAAAAAAUGUGAUCCUGUAGAAGUAGAGCUGGAAAAUCAGAUAGUUACUGCCACCCAGAGCAAUAUCUGUGACGAAGACAGUGCUGCAGAGACCUGCUACACUUAUGACAGAAACAAGUGCUACACAGCUGUGGUCCCGCUUACAUAUGGUGGUGUGACCAGAAUGGUGGAAACAGCCUUGACCCCAGACUCCUGCUAUCCUGACUAACUUGUCAUUGCUGACUGCACAGCUCUAUCUUGAGAGGCUCUCCAUUUUGAUCCAGAAGUUGAUAUAUUUACAACCAAUGAAUUUGAAACCAGGAUUUUUUUUUUUUGGAUGACAUAAAACUAACUUUCGCCCCCAAAUAAUUUAAAUAGUAACAUCGUUAUCUUUGUUAGAAAAUAACUUCUCAAUCAUGUAUGUUCACACUCUAAGUAUUAAAAUUUGUCAAUUAUCAUGCUUGCCUGAAGGGGUAUACUCCCUUAAGAAUACAGUUUCUAGCAUUAAAAAAAAAAAAAAUAGACAUGGGGAGAAAAUAAAACUCAAAGAGUAAAAGUCAGGACGCAUAAGAAAAUGUUACCUUUUUUUUUGGCUUUUGUCUUGGAGAGCCAGAGCUUUUGCAUUUUCUAUACUAUUCUCUUUUCAAAAUGUUUCACUGUGUAGAGAAAAUAUAUAUGUAAACAUAUUUCAAUUAUGUCUUCAUUAGAAAAAUAAUUGGAAAGCAUGUUUUAGAACUAUUUAUAAAAAUAAUUUAAAAUAAGAUCUCUAAUAUAUAUGAAACCAGUUAGCCGAAUAGUUAAAUACAUAAUUGAAAAAUAUAUUUUGACGUAACAGACAGACUUGGAAGCAGAUGACACAGAUUUUUCUUUUCUUUUUUUUUUUUUUGGCAAUCAGGUUAGUAUAAGAAAUUCCUGUUGGAAACCAUCUAUAUUGUAACUAAAUCCAAUGAAAUAUGUAUUCCAAAAUAUGUAUUUUCUAGCACAGUUUGAACAAUUAAAUAGAUUCAUAAGCAUA